AAUAAAAAUAAAUUAAAAUGAAAUACAAAAUAAAUUAAAAUGAAAUACAAAAUGAAUUAAAAUGAAAUGCAAAAUAAUUUACAAUUAAAAUUAAAGUAAAAGUGAAUUUAGCAAAAUAAUUUACAAUUAAAAUUAAAGUAAAAGUGAAUUUCAAUAAAAGUAAAUUAAAAUGAAAUACAAAAUACUGAUUUACAAUUAAAAUUACAAAGUAAAAGUGAAUUUCACCAUGGCCGAGGGCUGCCACUACCAUAAUGCACAGCGACCCGAGAGCUGACUCAUUAAAAUUCCUUUGUUGUGACAAAAUGGCGGGCAAUUCUGAUAUCAGAGAAGCACCUUGGAAAGAUGAUGAAAAUCUUAAAGAAGCUUUGUCAAAUUAUGUUCAGCAAGGAUUAAAAAGAAGUGAGGUAGUAGACUUUGUUACUCGCGACUUUCCUCAAUAUACGUGGAGUCUCAGGUCGCUCGAUAGACGUCUUCGCCAUUUCGAGUUGUUUUAUAAUGACCAAAAUAUUGGAGUCUCGGAUGUAAUCGAAGCGGUGCAAACUGAAUUGAACGGCCCGGGUAUGCUUUUAGGUUACAGGGCCAUGCACAAAAAAAUCAGGAUAGAACAUGGUCUUAAUGUUACAAGGGAUAAAGUCUAUGAUGUGAUGACCGAGCUUGACCCAGAGGGACUUGAAAUCAGAGGUGGCGUUGGUGGCAAGAAGAAAAGAAAGAAGGGGCAUUUCACGACAAAGGGAACGAAUUGGGUGCAUGCACUUGAUGGUCAUGAUAAGCUGAUGGGAUAUCAAAAUUCCACUUUCCCAUUGGCUAUCUAUGGAUGUAUUGACACUGCCAGUAGAAAGCUGUUAUGGUUAAGAGUUUGGAUAUCCAAUUCUGAACCAAAAUUAAUUGGGAAGUGGUACCUUGAAUAUCUCUAUGAAACGAGAAUAAUAUCAGCCAUGCUGCGAGUGGACAAGGGUACUGAGACUGGUGUCAUGGCAACCACACAUGCUUUCUUACGAAGUAAACAUGGAGAUAUGGAUCCACAUGAAACUGUUGUCUAUGGCCCUUCCACCUCUAAUCAGGUAAAUUUUCUAUUUAAUUGCUAAAAUUUAUUUUUUAUUUCAUUUUCUACACAUACUUUUUCAAACUGGCACAUACUCAGCAGCAAUCAUGCAAGCCUUUAAUAUUGAUUAUAGAUCCAAUGGGCCAUUCCAUUUAAUAUGUGCACCCCCCCCCCCAUUGAGGGGUCUGGAAAUCCUAUGGGGAGGGAGGGGUUAAUAUUGGUAAUUUCCGAGGGGGUAAAUCAGUCGGUCCCUUUGAUCUUCGAACAACAUAGGCCAAUUUCCAAGGGGGGGAAUGUGUCGGCACUUUGAUGUUCAAUUUCCUAAGGGGGUAAAACUUUUAAGGACCCCUCAAUAGGGGGGGGGUGCACAUAUUAAAUGGAAUGGCCCAAUGUACUUAAUCACGGACAAGAUUUAAUUUCAAUUCAAUUUUUUUUCAUAUCAUUAGCACUGAUGAAGAUCCGGGCUUACGGAUCGAAAGCUUUGCAGUAAUAAAUUUACGUGGUGUUUCCACAAACAAUAAGUAUUAUAUGUUUAAUCGCCAUGCAAACCUACAAAGAACUUAUUACUCACCUGGGACACCUGUGCCCGGGCUCUGUAGAGCGUCUUGUUAAGGUUUAAUUUUAUGCUGCUUUAUUACUUUAAGAUUGAAAGGUGGUGGAAGGAGUUACAUGAAAGAAUGGAAAAGUAUUUCAAAGGUCAUUUGAGAUUGCUUAAAGAUCAAGGUCACUAUGAUCCACAUAAUGAGACCGACAGGUAAAAAUAUUAACAUUUUUAGUGGUACUGCACCCAAGUGUGUCCUACUUUGUUGUUUUACUCAGUUUAACACAAGACAAUGAGAAAAUUUGCUUGUCAAAGGGAUAAUACUGGUUCUUAAUGGGUUUGCGUGAAAAAUAAUACACACCCCUUGACAAAUUAUGACAUUGGGUCAUUCCAGAAAGCAUCCAUAUAUCUCCCUCACAGAGGGAAUUGGAAGUUAAUUAACCCCCCAACAUGUACCCCCUUCUUAUUGUAUGUCCUAAGAUACAUACUAAAUUGUUAGAAACAAAAUUCUCCCCCCCCCCCAUUCCCCCCUUCUGGAUGGCAGAAGUCAGAGAGUUUGGCAAAGACAACGGCAACAUGGUCAUCAACAUAGCAUUGAUCCUCGUAGACAAAGGUGAAUGUAAAUUACAUGGUCUUUAAAGCAUUGUGCAAUGCCAUAGUUGAUGAAACUAGUGUGUGAUUUGCAUCAUUUUCACGGUGCAUGACUACGGCAACAGUUAAUUCAUUCAAUGUUAUUUGAGGUGUUUUAUUUGAAUUUGCGGACUAUUUUUAUUUAUCAGGGCUGUUUUAGAGGAGCAAGAAUACUUAAAGAGGCAAAUUAAGUGUAGUAACAUAUACUUUGGCUGAAAUACAAUAAUAUAAGCAAUUAUAUUAGCAAUUAUAUUUUUUCGCCAUUGUCGUUGCCGUUCUAGGUUGCCAAGUUCUCUAUCACCUCCUUGGGGGGAGGACAAGUUUACUCAUCAAAAGGAGACUGCUGUCAAAGUGUUAAGACAAGCAAUAUUGGUUCACUUGUCAAAUUGGUCUAAUUUUGGAUAAGUUCUUAAUUAAAUUAUUGACCUUAAUUUUAUUUAUGUUUCAAGAAUGCUUCUAUCUUUUGUUAUGAUACCAUUGGUUCAGAAAGAACUGGAUAUUUUUCGAGAGACUGUGUGGAACACUCAUAAAAUAAGAGCACAAAAGGAUGCAGUAUUGCCAAGUGGGAUUCCUAACCACAUUUAUAGCUUUCCAGAUGAGUAUGGUCUCGAAGAAUGUGGUAAGUUGUGCCCUGCUGUAUGUACCUUAUUAUUCUACUCUGUCUAAUGCCACAUGAAUUUUCUUGUGAAGGAUAGAGUCAUGAGUUCAUGUUACUAGGAACUCGAGCAUGAUUGAAACUCCUUUACACAGAACAGCAACUGGGCAACGAUCCUUCAAAUUCAGAAUGGCCACAAUUUGGAAUUCCUUAAAACCAGAACUUAGGGCCUGCGAAACAACGAAAGACUUCAAACAUAUUUUAAAACAGAGACUUGUAGAAACAUUUAAAUUGAGGACCAAUCUUAAGACAUUUUGAUGUAUAUAGCAUAUAUAUUUGUGUAGUAAUACCAAGUGUGUGUGUGUGUGUGUGUGUGUGUUGUGUGACUGUGUGUUGUUAUGUGUGUGUCUCUAUUAUUAUGGUGUAUAAAAAUUUAGAUCAAUUAUGUAAAAUUUCGCUGAAAAGCCUUUUAAGGGAUGUGAAAUUAAAAUACAAUAACAAUAACAAUGCACACUAAAAUCGUACAUUGCAGCUUAGACACUACAUCAAUAUAGAGUUAUCUAACUUGCUUGCAGCUAAAAAAGCUAUUUAUAAUUACGAAGUGCAAUCAAUUUGAGCAAUAAAGAGAGAGAGAGGACAGCAUAUAUGGAGCCAAGGGUGGAUUUUCAUAUUUUUCUCUGGGGGGGGGUGCAUAAACUUCAGGGGGUGGGGGUGGGUGGCAAUGAUCUUGUGCAGGGGCGGAUCCAGGGUUUUUGAUGACCGGUUACUAGGUUCACCCAACUAUGCUCCCCCCCGGAAAAUUUUUAAAUUGGGCUCCGAAACAGCAUUUCCUGCAUUCUGGCGUCACUUUUUAAAUUAAUUUUAUUAAUGAUUAGAAAAUGCAUGUUUUUAGGUGAAUUUUUUACUAAUACGCAGCUCAAACAAUGAAUUGAACCUUUUCUGAAGUGUAUUAGCUAGUGCCUAGUGAUAAAAAUAUAGGAUCUGCUAAUUGCUGACACAUCGAUUUAGAUCUACACGCUUUCAAUCCAACUCUAACGACGAACUAAAAACCAAACUGCAAGAGCGUGAAUGCUUCCCAAUCAUUUCCUGAUUCUCAAUUGCCAAAGCAAUGAUCAGUGGGUCUAAAUACGCUCAGUAGUCCAUAAUCAAAUUUCAAUAAUAGAUUAGAUAACAUCCAUUUUAUGAAACAGAAUAUCCUUUAAAUUAGUUAUAUACAUUAUUACAUGGAAGGUUAUAGAUUUUCUUUCUUUGGAAAAUCUGACAGGUUUAUGUACACCUGUCAAACCUGUCUGAAUCCAUUGUCAAUGUGCGAAAGCGUGGUGCCGAUGAGCAUGUGAACUUAUUUUUUGUAAGUCAAGUGUGUUUUACUUUUACGUUAAUAUGCUGCAAAAAAGCAUAUAUAGAAACAUGUUGAUUUUAAUAUUUCUAUCUUACUUAACGGUAGUUUAAUUUAAUGCUUUUAAAUUUUGGCAGGGACGGGGUGCACAAUUUGUAAGUCAAGUGUGUUUUACUUUUACGUUUUUUUUUGGGGGGGUGCGCAUCCCCCAGAAAAUCCGUCCUUGUAUGGAGCACAUAUGACCAUUCUGUAACCUUUACAUAGUACCUUAUUUUACAGGCCUAAAAGUAACUGAAGAACAGCUGAAGGAGGCAGCUACCCUAUCUGGCAUUUUGCAAGUACCAGAUGACUAUUUGGAGCCAAAUGUUAGAGCAGAAUGUGAAAGACUGAUCCCUGAUCAUGACACAAUCAAACCAAAUGAAUGCCAAGAUGCAUACUUAUACUUGAAACAACAUUAUAAUAGUUAAUUUUAACAUGUCAAUUUUAAUGUUCUUUAUAAUAGAUGUCUAUAGAUGCAUGUCUGUGCAAUCAAGAUAUGGAAGAUGACUUCCUUGAUGCCUCAUUUAGAAGAUGUGAAUCGCUUCUACCAAAAACAGAAAAAAUAGAACCUAAAGAUUGUGCAUCUGCAUUCAUAUAUCUCAAAGAAAACUUUAACACAACAUUGUAGAUGCUACAUAUAGAUGUAAACUAAAUUUAAAUUCAUUUUGUAAAUACAGAUUUAAACCAAAUCCUUAGAAACAUGGUAGCAACCAGUCUGGUUAAGUUCUUAAUUUAAAGUAGUUCAAUAACUUCUGAAAAUUGAUUUGAUGUUUGUUGUUCUCAUGUAAAGUUUAAACAAAAACAAUCCUGGAUAGAUGGAAAGAAAAACAAAUGGUGAUCAAAGUUUGUUCGUUCACUGCAACCAGGUAUAUCAACCAUGUUCUCGCUUGCUACUCCGGUUUAAAUAAAUGAUUACAAAGCCCAGUCGAAUUGUAAUCAAGACCCAACAUUUCGACACUCCAGUCUAGUGUCUUCAGGGGUGAUCUGAAGUUACAAUCGUUGGCUUCUUAAAUACCCAAGGGAUGACGUCACCUGCCAAUGAGAUGCAUGUAUCCCUCUGGUAAAUAGGCACCGUCAUCCCUAUUCAAAGCAUGAUUACUCAUAUUUAUAUGCCAUGCUUCUAGGCAUAGUCUUUGACUAGUGUGGCAUAUAAAUGAGUAAUCAUCCUUUGAAUAGGGAUGACAGUGCCUAUUUACCAGAGGAAUACAUGCAUCUCAUUGGCAGGUGAUGUCAUCCUUUGGGUAUGUAAGAAGCUACAUUGCAAUUUUAGAUUACCCCUGAUGAAGACACUAGACUGGAGUGUCGAAACAUUGGGGUUUGAUUACAAUUCAAAUAGGCUUUGUAAUAAUUUAUUUAAACCAGUGUAGCAAGCAAAAACAUAAAUGGUGAUCAAUCUUUACUGCAAACACUAGUCACCAAAAGUGGUAAAAGACAUUGGACCUACUAUGUUUUCCAACUGUUAAUUUAAGACUUGAAUUAAAUUGCCCAAUGUGUUCAUAAAAGAUUUUUUAUUAUAACCUGGUGUUAAACAGAUGCUUGCCCAGUCACUCUUUGCUACCACAUUACUAGGGAUGCGAUUUAAAGUCUGAUAUGUUCUUAAAAGACAUUAAUGAAUCUUCUAAGAGUAACUAACAGAUAAUGUCGAUAAUAUCAAGUUUUAGGUGUCCUUGUUAUACACCAAACUGAAAUAAGAACAAUGUUUUAAAGAUACAUCAUUACUUUCCCCUAACAGCAGUUUGUGUAUUCUUUCUAUACAAGUACUUUAAGCUUCAGAAGCUCACAGUACUCAUUACAUCUAUGAAUGAGUUUAAAUUUUGCAAUUGCUUCAAAUGACAAAUUCCCUGUGGUAAAAAGUAAUUCUUUAUUUUCAUCAAAGAGGGAAGAUGAUGCAACUUCUGGGUCUACAAGGGAGUAGCCACAUCCUUGGAUAUCUAACACCAUUACCUGAUUGUUGGAUUUUUCAAAAGAAAAAUGAGAAAGACACUCUGCUUUCUGUAAUAUAACUUCGUUGACAUUCUUGCACAAUGUGCCAUCAUUGUUUAUAUACUUACUAAACUCUCCAUCUACAAACUCUUCAACUGUGACAAAUUCGUCACCUUUUUUUCCUAAGUAGACACUCCCAUAAUGAAAACAAUCACCAAAAGAUUCUUGCAUGCCAUUUUGCUCAACACUUGUCUUCAGUUGGCUUGCAAAGUUCUGGGCUAAGCUGUGCAUUUGUACAACCUUCUUUGUAUGGGUUUCGAGAGUUUGAUUGGUCUCAGCAAUGACAUCCAAUGCAUUUUCAUUAUAUUCUUUGACUACCCAUGAACCAGCAAAGCUCUCAUCUUUUGAUUCUGCUUUAUAAGCUUUUCGGAAUGCACCUUCUCCGAGCACAUCUUCUGAAACACUAAAUUCAACUGCCCUGGUGAAGACGACCAGCUCAUAUCUGCCAAAUUAAAUCCAUACAAGUGGAUGGUAGUGGUAGACUUGUUUAUAAGUUUACCUAGUUUCAACAUAUGGGUUACCGAGAGACUCUUGGGCAUUGGUGUUGAGAUUUUAGCUUUUUUUGGACUUGGAACAGAGUUAGGGCCCUUUCGUUUUACAGUUGUGCUUUGCGGAUGAACUGGGUCAGUAUCAUCAACGAAUACAGGCGCAUCUGCUGUCGAGCUUUUGUUUAUGGAUCUGACGUAUAUAAGAUUCAUAUUAGGUAUUUGCUUCAAGGAUGCGCAGGAAGGUCCUUGCUCACCGGCAAGAAUAUCACAUACAACAUUGUUUCCAACCUUCGGUUCAAAAUGUUUCAGGCAUGCAUCCUUCACUCGUUCAAUUGUCAUCUCUUCUUUUGUAUAAAAUCGAUCUAGAUCUUCAUCGUCGUCGUCAUAUAACUGGACAAAUUCCCUUUGGCCGAUACGUGAAUACUUUUGGGCCUUGCCCGACACGUCCGCGCUUAACAUUUGAACAGUUAUUUCACGUUUGGAAACAUCUUUCCCUUUUUGGCUCUUCCCACUCAGGCGUUUUUUUUUCAUAUCUUCUUUGAACUUUCGCCAUUUCUCCGCCAUGUUGCCUUCCGCGCGGGCAAAGGUUCAUGGGAUGUUAUGAUAGCGCUCGGCCACUGCUCGGUCACUGCUCGGCUCAUGGGAAUUUCUCUCGGGUCGCUGUGCAUUAUGGUAGUGGCAGCCCUCGGCCAUGGUGAAAUUCACUUUUACUUUGUAAUUUUAAUUGUAAAUCAGUAUUUUGUAUUUCAUUUUAAUUUACUUUUAUUUUUCAUUUUAAUUUAUUUUUAUUUUUCAUUUUAAUUUAUUUUUAUUUUUCACUUUAAUUAAAAAAAAAUUAUAAAGAAUAUUUUGGUAGUGGCAGCCCUCGGCCAUGGUGAAAUUCACUUUUACUUUAAUUUUAAUUGUAAAUUAUUUUGCAUUUCAUUUUAAUUUAUUUUGUAUUUCAUUUUAAUUUAUUUUGUAUUUCAUUUUAAUUUAUUUUUAUUUUUCAUUUUAAUUAAAAAAAUAAAAAGUAAAAAAAUCUUUAAAAUAAUGUAAAAUGUACAAAAAAAACGAGUGGCAACGCUCGGCCACCAUAG